AGUAAAGACCACCAUUCCUUGGCUACAAAGCUCAAGACAUUGACAAGAAGCUCCUCUCCUCUCCUCUCCUCUUGCCUCCUCUCUUCUCAAUCUUUUCUCUCAGGUACACGCGAUCGUCGGAGAUGGCGCAGCAGGGGUCACCUGCGACGUCCUUGAUAUACGCGAUGGUGGCGCGGGGCACGGUGGUCGUGGCGGAGCACACGUCGUACACGGGCAACUUCCGGGACAUCGCGGCGCAGUGCCUGCACAGGCUGCCGGCGGGGAACAACCGCUUCACCUACACCUGCGACGGCCACACUUUCAACUUCCUCGUCAACGAUGGAUACGCAUACUGCGUUGUUGCAACUGAGUCGGUUGGCCGGCAGAUUCCUCUUGCCUUCCUAGAGAUGACCAGGGAGGAUUUCAACAAGAGAUAUGCAGGGGGCAAAGCAGCCACAGCUACAGCCAACAGUCUCAGCCGAGAUUUCGGGCCACGGCUUAGAGAGCAGAUGCAGUACUGUAUGGAUCACCCAGAGGAGGUGAGUAGGCUGUCCAAAGUGAAAGCUCAAGUCUCUGAAGUGAAAGGCAUCAUGAUGGAAAACAUUGACAAGGUCAUCGAUCGCGGGCAACAGAUUGAUGGGCUCGUCACAAGGACAGAGCAGCUGCACGACCAGGCUGCUGAUUUCAGGCAGCAAGGCACACGGGUGCGGCGCAAGAUGUGGUUCCAGAACAUGAAGAUGAAGCUGAUCGUCCUCGGCAUCGUCGUUGCACUGAUCCUCAUCAUAAUCCUGUCAAUUUGCCAUGGCAGAUGCAAGUGAAGCAGUACAUCGUCAGAGUCUGAUUAUAAUCAGGUGGGGAUUGUGCCCCCCGUAGAGUCAAAAAAGGGGAGAGAAUAUUCAGAGUAUUUUUUUUCCUUUUUUGUGACCAAGAAUGUUUUGUUCACAGUUGAGACCUCUGAGGUCUGAAUCCAUGGUGUUGGUGUUUUGCUCUCUGGGUUGAGACUUUUUUUUAUAGGAGUCCAGGCCCAUCUUUUGACGGGCCAAUUGGGCCGAACGUAAUAGAGCUGUAGCCUACAUUUAUAGGCCUUCUUUGUUU